AUGACGUUGACGCAUCAAGACAGAUGAACUACAUACAUAUUAUAUAACUAAUUACACCAAAAUGAAUUCACCCCGUAGGUAUAGGUGUGGUCAAUUUUCUUCUUAUAUCGUCAUACCGGACCUCGUUGUCAUCUAAUGUGGCCGAAUCCUUAAGGACACCAUACGUAAACAAUGCAGAGAGUGGAAGAAACAGAUUCUCGUGGCAAUAUAUUUCGUUUUAAACCGUUUAAUGGGUUGAAAUUCCAUCCUGAUAUCCCCGGGAAUAUAGAAGAGCGUCUGAGGGAAGUAGAUUCGUUAGCUCUCCGUCCAGAUGAUGUGCUAUUGUGUACCUAUCCUAAAUCAGGAACACAUUGGGUGUAUAACAUGAUUCAUAUGAUCCGAUCAGAAACUCUUCAAUACAGAGGAACACCUUACAUGAUCGAGUUUUUUCCGUCAAGCGAGUUACAACAUAUUGAUUCCCCCCGAACCCUCCACACACACCUGACGUAUCCAUUGAUUCCAGCCAUGGCGAGACAGGGCAAAGUGAAGAUUGUACAAGUUGUCAGAAAUCCAAAGGACACCAUAACGUCUUUUUAUGAGCAUUACCAACAAGUUGGAUCGACAGUAUACGAAGGAGCCUUUGAUGGGUUUUUGGAGUUAGCUCUAUCGGAUGAGUUUGCACUGUUCGGUGGAAAUUGGUUUUCGUACAUCAGAGAUUGGGAGAAGGCUAAGCGCUGCAACAGAAAUCUAACUGUUUUCUCUCUGCAAUAUGAAGAAAUCAAACAGAAUCCAUUCGACAUUAUUUCAAGACUAGUAGACUUCUUCCAACUUGACAGAUCUGAAUCGUUUUUACGAAAAGUGGAAAAAGCAGUUCAAUUUGAAAAUCUGAAAAAGGAACAUGAAACUGAGGCAGGGGAAAAUGCAAUUUGGAAAGAUGCCGGAAACGGCGGUAGAUUACCUAUUUAUAGAAAAGGGUAUGUUGGAGACUGGAAGAACUACUUCACAGUUGCGCAAAACGAAAGGUUCGAUUCUCUUUACAACAAAAAAAUCAAGAAGCAUGGUGUUGAUAUCCACUUCUCCUAUGAAUAAUAUGAAUCAUAAACAUGUGAUGUAUUUAAGUUCAGAAGAGAUUUUAGAGAUAAACGUGCACGUAAAUGCCUAGACAUAGACAUCAAAUAGUUUCUUUGCCAUUGGAGUUAUCAGCAGCACAGUUUAAUGUUUAAUAUUUAUGAAUGAGGUGAAUCCGGCAAUCCUUUGUCAACCCUUUACAUCCCCGUGGAAU